UAUUGAUUUAAUUAUUGAAAAUGUCAUCCAUCCUUAAUAAAUUUAGAAAGCAACCUUAAAAUGAUGUACCACCUGGUAUCAAAUUAGAGAACACUUUAUUUGGCUAAUCAAAUGGAACUUAUCAACCUCCGUUAAUUCCAGCUGUUUAAUUACCUUAAACUACAUAACCAAGAUUAAAAGGAAGACCUGGAGGAGGUUUUUAAAAUUUAUAAUUUUAGGCUGGGAUGAUGAACCUGAACCAUAAUAAUAAUAAAAAUAAAUAUAAAAUACUCAACCUAUUAAUACUAUUAAUUUAAUUGAUGAGACUCCCUCUAAGUAAAAUGAAAUUAAAUCAAAUAUGGAUAUGAUACCUCCAUUAUAACCGUUCCAUAAUAACAUUCAAUUAAGUAGAGUGACAGAUUAUAAGAAAGGAUAGCUAUUAACUUAUGAAGAAUUAGAAAUUGGAGGAUUGUAUGUCUCUUCUAUAAUAUUUUAGUUAAUUUGAAUUCCAUCUGGUAGAAGAAGUAAUUAAACUAGGUGGAAUUAAAUUAAAAUAAAGUGAUUCUGUUUUAAAAGAAUUUGCUAGAGCAUGCUAAACUUUAUAAGAAUAAUUGAUUGGAAGCAUUCUAUUGAAUAAGCUUUACAGUGAAGAAAAUUGGAAAGUUCAAAUAGUAAAUAAAUUUGAUAUAUUUUUUAGAGAUGCAUAUAUGCUAUUCAAUUUAUAAGUUAAUAAUAUUAAAAUUAUAGAGAAUUCUUUUAAAUUAAUUAGAACUAUUUAAAGAUUGAUACAGAAUAACAGAUACUACAAUCUGCAAUAGAAUAAACGAUAUUGGAAAUUAAUGGACAGUAGACAUAAAAAUAAAAGGUAAUAAUAUCAUUAAUAUUAAGGAAUUUUAAUUUGAAUUCCGUGAACCACCUAAGCCAUAAUAAAAUAAUGUAUAAUAACAAUAAUUGAAUCUAAUUGAAAUUGGAAAUAAUGAAAAUUAAUUAAAAUAAUAACAGCAAUAAAAACUUGAUUUAAAAUCGCUUAAAAUAAAAUAACCUUAAGUACAACAGUAAUCUCAACCAUAUUAGUAAUAAUAAUAAUAGUAUAAUUAAUAAAAUUCUAAUCAAAUAGAUUUAUUAGAGGCAUUUAAUGAAAUUUCAAUACAAAAUCUUAAUUAAAACUAAAAUUAAUAAUAAUAACAAAAAGAAGCUAUUAGUUUUGAUGAAAUAUUAAAUUCUUAAUCCUACUCUCAAACAACAACAUAAUAGCCACAAUAAAAAAAGAAUGCUUUUGGAUUUCUAAAAAAAGAUCAGCAAUAAUAAUCUUAAUAAUAGCAACCUCAGUAUUCAAAUUAAGAAUAAUAAUAAUAAUUAAACACACUUUUAUUACAAGCACCUUAAUAAUUAUAUCAAUAGCCUGCUUUAAGUCAAUAAUAAGUUUCAAAUAUUUCCACUUCUGGAUAAUCAUAAAAUUUGUAUAACCUAUAAUAAUAAUAAACUCAAAUGGCAUAGCCUAAUUAUUCUUAAGCUUUUGUAUAAUAUAAUAUCUAAUAAUAACAAUAUAAUUUAGUUUAGCAAACCUAAUUUACCUAGGAAUAACCAAAAUAAAAAUAACAACCAAAUCCCAAAGAAAAUGCUUUUGAUUUCCUAAAUUUCUGA